AUGGGAAAUAAUAGAAGCAGACUCUCAGAUAAUCCCCCUUCUAUCCAAGCUCCACAAGCAAGGCCAAAUACAUUUAUACCUGCUUACCACAAACCACUGAGUUCGGGAAUAUGGGAAAGCUCAGGCUCAGGAAAAACCCGAAGAUCUGCUCACAUUCAGUCAUCAAAUUACUCCAAUUGUGGACUCAUUGAAGAAGCACCGAAAGCAAGCAAUUUGUAUGUGAAUUGCCCUCAAUGUGCCUCUUUGGCCUAUGAUGGAGGCUUAUGCAAAAGGGUUAAAUGCGAAAGGUGUGGGAUUUAUUUCAGAAGAGAUGAUGAUGAAAAUAUAAGAGAAGAAUCGCCGCCUCCAAGCUCAAAUUUUGAAGAAGUUUUUCAGGAAUGCAAUAAUGUACCAGGGAGCGAAGAAAUUGGGGAAUUAGUCACGAUUACACUUGGGUUGUUUAGAGAAGGGGUGCCUGCAGAAUUUAUGAUCGGAGGCAAACCGAAUUUUCCUGUUAUAUUUGGGUAUUAUUUAGGGCCUUAUUUUCAGAAGAGAUUAAGGUGCCUUGGGAUUGGAGACUAUUUUUCAUAUGGAGAUGCGAAAUUCAAAGUGCUGGGAGCUUAUCCGAGCUUUGGGUUGGUAAAGAACCAAACAGUGAUAUUUUGUUUUGAUAUUUUGACUGAGCACCCAAUAAGCAGAGUGCAGAUACUGCCAAUUAGGCCUUCGAUUAUUAAUGAAGAAAUAUAUAAGUCAUCGCUCCGGCCCUUUUUCAAAAGAAGACCUCGCCACAUUCAUACAGGGCAAUAUCUAUAUCCUUUUCUAAUUAAAUAAUUUUUUUUUAAUUAUAUUAAACUAGGAGCCUAAUAAUAUUUACUUGUUCAUUAUAAAUAAUAUAUUUGAACUCAAUGAACUUCAUGGUUGUGCAAGGACAACCUAUUGACGGAAUUGUGAAUCCUAACACCCAAUUCUUUUUUCAAGGCGAACCCCUCGACAUUAUUCAUACUGUAAGCUUAACUCCUUUAAUUGAAGAUCUACCUUCUUCAUAUCAGCGACUCAGCCAAUCAGCUCUUAUCGAAGAAGUCUUGAACUCUUUCAUUAUGCCAUUUGUCCAAGGUGUAAGAAGAGUCGUAACUCAAGACCAAAUAAUAAACAUUAAUGGGGUAGGAUUUAUGGUCACAGACUGUUAUCCUCCUCGAGGAGUAAUCGACGACUUUACGCAAAUUGUGUAUGAUGGAUCUUUUGGAAGCAGAAUUCCUCCAAGUUUUGAACAAAUCCUUUCUUUAGGAAGCAGAGGGCUUACUGACCAACAAAUGCUGGCUCUUGCAAGACAAGUUGUUGAGCUUGAACAAGUGAUGCGUGCCAUGGGGCAACAACAAAUUCAAGGGGCAUCUCAAGAUGCCAUUGCGAUGCUGCCAACUCAUAAAAUAGCGGUGAUCCCAGAAGACCCAGAAGCUGCAAAGUGCAUGGUUUGCCUGAGUGAGUAUGGUAUUGGAGAAGAGGUUAAAACACUUCCAUGUUGUAAGAUUUAUGUAGUUCAUAUGUUCCACACAGCUUGCGUUAAUGAAUGACUUCAAAGAAGCACAUUGUGUCCAUUAUGCAAAACACCAAUAGACUCUUAA